UCCACAUCCUUCUCCUUGAAAAAGAAGCUGUAGCUGCGUUUUUAGCCGUAAUGUCAGGACGCGGAAAGCAGGGAGGCAAAGCUCGCGCCAAGGCCAAGUCUCGAUCGUCCCGCGCUGGCCUGCAGUUCCCGGUGGGGCGAGUGCACCGCUUGCUGCGCAAAGGCAACUACGCGGAGCGGGUGGGGGCCGGCGCGCCGGUGUAUCUAGCGGCGGUUCUCGAAUACCUGACCGCAGAGAUUCUGGAGCUGGCGGGGAACGCGGCCCGAGACAAUAAGAAGACGCGCAUCAUCCCUCGCCAUUUGCAACUAGCUGUGAGAAAUGACGAAGAGCUCAACAAGUUACUUGGGGGUGUCACCAUUGCCCAGGGCGGCGUCUUACCCAAUAUCCAGGCUGUCUUGUUGCCUAAGAAAACGGAGAGCCACAAGCCUGGCAAGAACAAGUAAUUAAGAGGCUUGACACCAUCCCCACUCUCCCCAAAGGCUCUUUUAAGAGCCACUAAAGUAUCAACUGAAGGGCUGAUCACGAAAUAGCGCAUUAGCUCUUUCUUUGAAAACUUGGGUGGCUCUAAAAAGAGCCUUUGAUCUUUGGUUUACUUAGUUAGGAUUUAUUUGCUUUUGGCUUUGUGGCUUUCCGUUUUCUUUGGUAACAGCACGGCCUGGAUGUUCGGCAAAACACCGCCCUGGGCGAUGGUGACUUUGCCCAAAAGCUUGUUCAGCUCUUCGUCGUUGCGGAUGGCCAACUGGAGGUGACGAGGAAUGAUACGUGUCUUCUUGUUGUCGCGGGCCGCGUUCCCCG